GGUCCAUCUGUCAAUCUUCUUGUCAAAUCGUUUGCUUCUCGUACUUGCUACACGGAUUGUAAAUUCACCGGCUUAUGUAAGAUGUACUACAUGUGUAUAAUGUGCUACAUGCAUGUACUUACAUGCUAUGCAGUUUGAUAAAACUAAACUCGCAUGGCCGAGUCGUUAUAGUUGCGAAAAAGUAUUACUUCCGGGCAUUCUGUCAACCGCAUCCUGUAUUGGUCCAGCGUGUGAGUAAUUUGCCCGGGAGGUCAGGCUGCCCAUAUGGACCAUCUUGACGCUGGUCUGAUUAAUUAUAAUUUAAUUAUAUUUUAUAAUUAAUGGAUCGCAUUAUGAUCUGAUGGCUGCUUAACGAAAACCGCUCACGGCCAAUUUUAUAUAAUCACACCGGGUAUAUAUCCACAACGCCAACCGAAACCCGGCAUUUUUCCAUCCGAUCACUACGGGUUUAUCGUCAAACCCGGCAUUUUUUGCUUAGUAUCACAUUCAGCAAAAAAUGCGGGCGGUGUUCGCGGUAUUGGUUGUAUUGGGAUGCCUGGCCACGGUAUUGUCGGCACCGGCGCCGGCCCGUCGACCCGCCGUAAAAUACGGUCGCAGUGACGGGAAAAAGGACGUCCUGGCGCCCAAAGUGAUGAUUGUCACCAUGUUCUCCCCGGAAACCAACGUCUGGUUGGCGUCCAAGUACAAGCUGACCGCCAUCAACGUCACCGUCCUGGGCUUCUCCUCGCGCUUCCCCGCCGUCGGCUGCAACGCCGCCGGCUCCGUCUGCGUGAUGACCACCGACGAGGGCGAGAUCAACGCCGCCAGUACCCUGUCAGCGUUGACCUUUUCCCCCUUCUUCAACCUGAAGAAGACGUACUUUUUCAUCACCGGCAUUGCCGGCAUCAACCCCAAGCUGGGCUCCAUUGGAUCGGUGACCUUUGCGCGAUACGCCAUCCAGGUGGAUCUCUUCCAUGAGUUCGACGCCCGCGAACUGCCGAAAGACUGGCCGAACGGGUUUGUGGCGCUGGGCGCCCGGUACCCGAAUGAGUACCCGGGGAAAUUCUAUGGAACGGAGGUGUAUGAGUUGAACGAGGCGUUGCUGGAUAAACUGUUCACCGUGGCGUCCAAGGCCAAGCUGCAGGAUAGCCCGACCGCCCGCGGGUACCGUGCCAACUACAAAACCCGCCCGGCCAUCCAGCCGCCCAUGUUUGUCAAAUGCGACACGGCGACGAGCGAUAUAUACUGGGGCGGGACCCCCUUGGCCGAGACCUUCGACAAUUUCACCCGCGUUGUCACAAACGGCACCGGCCGGUACUGCACCACCCAGCAGGAGGAUAACGGGACGCUGGGCGCCCUCCUGCGGGCGGCCAUGGCAGGGUUGGUGGAUUUCGGGCGAAUUAUCAUCAUGCGCACCGCGUCGGAUUUCGACCGGCCGCAACCGGGCGGCAAUUCCGUGGAUCUGUAUUUGCAUAAGCAUCAUUCCGGCGGAUACGAACUGUCCAUUGCCAAUCUGGUGAACGCCGGCGGUCCAGUGGUGGACGAGAUCACCAAGAACUGGGAUAAAGUGUACGCCAACGGGAUUAAAGCCAAGAAUUUCCUCGGGGAUGUGUGGAAUGACCUCAGCAGUGAGGUCAAGGCCACCUGGGGACCGUCCGCACCGGAAUCGAAGCUCCGGCGGAAACGGGCGCUCGCCGUAAAAUUCGCCAGAAAAUAAUAUGGUAGAAGGAUGUAUUUGCCGGUGAGAAAAGUCGUAAAAUUGUCGAUUAUUUUUGCAGUUAAUUAAUUCAUUGAGUUGUUCUGCCGCAUUCUGUGAGAACCGGUUCUGCAGAUUUUAUUACUUAUAAUUCCGAUAGAAUGCAUUGCCAGUGAUUGAUUAAUUUCACAAAUUUUGGCACAAUAAUUACGUCUUCGCCGAUUUACUAUGGCAUUUUUUUCUGUAUAAAAUUUAAAAUUUCUCCGGAAGGAUUCACAGUGUCAAAACCAAAUAAACCGUCGCAGUGGCACAAUCAAA